CGAAGCGCGUCGCCUCGUCCCUCGCUUCCCUCAGCUGUCGCGAUCUCCCUUCGCGCUUCGUCCUGACCUACGCGACCACGACUUGCUCUUCAGGCUACGUCUGACACUACAUAAAAAAGACAACUGUCUAGACAUGGCUGACUGGCUUGAAGGUCUUGACCUAGAGCCCAACGACCGGCCACGCGCAGGACCGUCCUUCGUCGAACGCGCGCGACACGCGCCGGACGACGACUACCCGAUUGCAGACGACUUCGGACGGCCAAACUUGCUUGGCGCAGUAGAAGAGGAAGAGGAGACGCCCUUCCAGCAGCUCACCCGGCAUUGGAUGAACGAACGGCAGGCGCCUGACAUAUUGCCUGGACAGGAGAUGCUGCUUGGGAGGAUACUGGAUCAUGUUAGGAAGCAGUCCGACGAUGUUCAGCUUCUACGCGCGGACCCUGACUCCUCGGAAGACGAGCACUUUCGCAUCAUGCUCGUUCAGACGGAGAUAGAGCGCGUCAAGUUUGUCGUGCGUUCGUAUAUCCGGACGCGUCUUUACAAGAUCGAAAAGUACGCCCGCUGGAUAAGCACCACGGCCGAAGUGCACGAAAAGCUGUCGAAGGCCGAGCUCGACCAUGCUAGGAGAUACGCGCGGUUGACGGAGUACCACUUCAAUCAGUCUGUUUUGCAAAGCCUUCCCCCGCAGCAGCGUUCCCUUGAAGACGACAUGGCUUUCAUGCCGCCGAUGAUCCCAGAACCUGACAAGCUCCGGCCUGUAUUCGUGCACGCACGGCAAGAAUGCCCGCCGGUCCGACUACCUGAUGGUACGUCGAUCGCAAUGGAGAAGGGGCGAAUAUCCUUGACGCCGUACUACAUCGUCGAGCAGUUGCUCUUGCGAGGGGAAGUCGAGUUGGUGUGAUUUGUGUGGAUGAUAUCCCAGUACCUUACUCGUUCCGUCGGUCGUCGUGCUGUCCAUGCUAUCCUCAGUCAGGCUCUCCAGCGC